UACGACCAACCGGAACAAGCCCGCUGUGAUCAGCAUUUAAAUACCUUAACAAAGCAAAUAAGUGUCAAUCCCGUUCAAAAUGAACCGAAUUUUCGGACGGAGCAAUAAAACGCCUACUCCUAACCUUUCUGACUGCAUAGGCAAUGUGGAUACGAGGAUCGAGUCCAUCGAUAAGAAAAUAGCGAGAAUCGACGCAGAGCUAAUGAAGUAUAAGGACCAGAUGAAAAAGAUGAGGGAUGGACCCUCAAAAAAUGCAGUGAAACAGAAGGCGAUGAGAGUACUGAAACAAAAGAGAAUGUAUGAAGGUCAAAGAGAUCAGCUUUCCCAGCAGUCAUUUAAUAUGGAACAAGCCAACUAUACAAUCCAGUCUUUAAAGGACACCAAAACAACAGUGGAGGCAAUGAAGAUUGGAGCAAAAGAAAUGAAGAAAGCAUAUAAACAAGUGAAAAUGGAUCAGAUUGAAGACCUGCAGGAUCAACUGGAAGAUAUGAUGGAUGAGGCCAACGAGGUGCAGGAAGCUCUCAGUCGCAGCUAUGGCACACCAGAGAUCGAUGAGGAUGAACUAGAAGCAGAGCUGGAUGCUCUGGGAGAUGAAUUACUGCUGGAUGAUGACAGCUCUUACUUAGAUGAAGCCUCGUCUGCACCCUCCAUUCCUGAAGGAAUGCCCAGCGACACUAAAACCAAUAAGGAUGGCGUUCUGGUGGAUGAGUUUGGUCUACCACAAAUCCCUGCCACAUAAGAAUCUGUUCUCUGAUCAGUGUUUUGUUUACAGCUGGUGGAGGCAGUUUUUCUUGUGCUGAUGGUAUUGAACAUGUUGUGUUGUAUUCAUUGCCCAGUCUAGCACAUAGCAUUGUAACUUCAGUUUAAUGUUUAACAUGAUCACAUGAAGUGUGAUUUUUCCAGGUUUAUUUAGAAUUUGGUCAUGUAAACAUGUUCGCCUGAUUUUCAUAACCCAGUAAAUUCCGACAAGAUUACAGUUUUUAGAUAUCCAAGUAAAACUCCUGGCAUAUCCCUUUAUUAAUCAGAAUUUUGGAUCACCUACUUUCCAUUAUAUCUGA